AGAGCAGCUUUAAACAUAGAAAGCAACUUUUUACAACCAAAUACUGCGAGAGAAAGGUGGGUUUUACGUAAGACAUACAUUAGCAGGUUCUCAAAGCUACAAAUAUUGUACUUUACUAGCAAUUUAUAUAUACGCCGAUAAAAAACAAUACCUUUCUUUUGUAAAUCCCAGGUUUGUGUAGCGGUUGGUUUUUAAAUCCGCCUCUGCUGCCCAUUCACUGAACUCACAGUUUCGCUCUAAAACAGGCUGAAAGUUUGACACAAAACGGAUAUAAAAUGACCCUCACGUCUAAGGCUCUGUGUUUCAAGUCUAAGUUUAUAACUGCUGAGCUGGCUCGUCUGUUCAGCCAGUCGGACAGCGAGGAAGAGUUUGAAGGUUUCAGUGAGGAUGAGGAAGACAGACAGUCUUAUAACAAACAACAGAACCCCAAGAUGGUGGAAUCGGAGGAUGACAGUGACGUUGACACAGGCUUCUACUCUGAUGGUGAGGAUGCGCCCCCACCAAAAAGAAGGAGUCUUUUAGUAGCCUUAAGGUUUCCUAUGAAAAGACUGUCUACUCCCAAACAAGAACCACGAAAGAAAAAUGUCAAAGCAGACAAAGUAAGUCCUCCAUCACAGAGAGCCAGACGGAGGGUGAGGCAGGAGGAGGAGGAGGAGGAGGAGGAGAAGAAGAAGAAGGAGAAGGAGGAAGAGGAGAAAGAAAAGAAAGAGGAGGAAGAAGAAGAGGGCAUGUCACAGAGCCUGAAGAACCACUACAGAAACAUUGAGGAAAAUAAAGCUAUGUUGGCUAAGCUGUUUGCUGAUCUGAGGACCAUGGCUGACCUGACUGUGAACACCACACCUUCAAAGAAGAAACGCACACAGGAGAAGGUAACCCCACGGAAACGUAAGGCUGAGGAAAUGGGGUCAGAAAGGAGGAACCCAUCCCGUAAAGCCCGGCCUCGGGAGAACUUUGCAGUGGAGGAAAAGAGUGAGCCUGUGAUCCGCAAAGGCCCCAGAACUGUGGACAUCAGGAGGCUGGUGGAGGUGGAUGAAGACCAUGUCGGCGAACGGCGUAAAAUGAGGAAAAGCGGUUCCAGAAGGAGCCAAUAUGUGGUCAAAUCUGUCGACGAGAUCACUGAAGAAGACCUGGACAAUAUAGCGUACCGCAGCAAAGACAAGAUCUGGGACAAGGAGAAUGGCAGCUCAUGUCACCAGUGCAGACAAAAGACUUUGGACACCAAGACGGUGUGUCGCAGUGGUUUCUGUGUGGGGGCCAAAGGUCAGUUCUGUGGUCCGUGUCUGAAGAACCGCUACGGAGAGGACGUACGCACUGUACUGCUCGACCCGACGUGGUCGUGUCCCAUCUGCCGAGGCAUGUGUAACUGCAGUCUGUGCCGGAAAAAGGAGGGUCGCUGUGCUACAGGCAUCCUGGUGGGACUGGCCCGCUACAAUGGUCAUGACAAUGUCCAUGAGUAUCUGGAGAGCAUUCAGAAGGAGCUGCACUAGAGUCCAGACUGAAGACCAGAGGAAAACCUGCUGUACAGCUGGUCACUGGUGCUGCAUCGUAGGCGUUCAUCUAACUAGAGAAAGGAGCAGAAACAUGAGUGUGUUUCUACUUAAUACCACUCAGAGUUAAGGCACAUACACUGUAAUGUUUUAUGUUUUGGCUGCAUAAGAUGCAGAGAUGUUUUUAUUUUGUUCCAAUCAGUAGUCAUUACUGAGUUGUGUAUUUUCAUUUGAAUGUUUUUACUUUCACUUAAUGCUCACUAGAACAAAUAGUUACCGUCUGGUGUCUUUCAUUCUACUUUUCUAAUCUUUAAUAACUCUACACCAUUUUUGUCAGUCCUCUGUAAGUUUUAAUAAAGUACAGUAUUCUCUAA